UUUUGAAUAUAUCUCAAAAAGAUACGAAAAAAAAUUUCAUACAAAAAUUGUAGAGGAUGAAGUUGUUCAUAAGUUACUUACCUAAGUACUUACUACUACUAGAGCUUAUAAGAGGGCAUUAUACUGAUAUGUUUUUAAGGAUUCAAAUAUAAAAUAUCUCCUUUUAAAUCUAUGGAAUUUUCCCGCGCGUAUAAUCUAAAACACGUUUCAGCAACUUGUUGCACCUUUUGAGGUUCAAAAAGUAUUAAAAUAUCAGUUAAGCAGAACUUUUAGUAGUACGAAUAAGAUGAGUGAUAUUAGUAAAAUUUUAAAUGCGAAUCUAUGGGAUUCCGAUCCUGAAUUAUGGGAUUUAAUAAAAAAAGAAAAAAAGCGUCAGGUAACCGGUUUAGAAAUGAUUGCUUCUGAAAACUUCACUACCAUGCCUGUGUUACAAUGUCUAAGUUCCUGUCUUCAUAAUAAGUAUUCAGAGGGACUACCAGGACAAAGAUACUAUGGGGGUAAUGAAUAUAUCGAUGAAAUUGAAAUCCUGGCUCAGAAACGAUCUUUAGAAGCUUAUAAACUAGAUCCUGAAAAAUGGGGGGUUAAUGUUCAACCAUAUUCAGGAUCACCUGCCAAUUUUGCAGUAUAUACAGGUGUCGUGGAACCUCAUGGAAGAAUUAUGGGAUUAGAUUUACCAGAUGGUGGUCACUUGACUCACGGUUUUUUUACUGGUAAUAAAAAAAUAUCUGCAACUUCAAUUUUUUUCGAAUCGAUGCCCUAUAAGGUAGACCCAGACACUGGAUUGAUCGACUAUAAUAAACUUCUAGAAUGUGCAAGACUAUUUAGACCUAAAGUAAUAGUAGCUGGUGUCAGCUGCCAUUCGAGGGCCCUUGAUUAUAAGAAAUUCAGAGAAAUAUGUGAUGAAGUAGGAGCUUAUUUAUUUUCAGAUAUGGCACAUAUAUCUGGCUUAGUAGCAGCAGGUGUAACUCCUAGUCCAUUUGAAUACAGUGAUAUAGUUUCUACAACCACUCAUAAAAGUCUUCGUGGACCCAGAGCUGGUGUGAUAUUUUUCAGAAAGGGAGUGAAAUCUGUGAACGCUAAAGGUGAAAAAAUCAUGUACGAUUUUGAAAGUAGAAUUAACCAAGCAGUAUUUCCUGGAUUACAAGGUGGUCCCCACAAUCAUGCCAUUGCCGCUAUUGCCACAUCAAUGAAACAAGCCAGUACACCGGAAUUCGUUACUUACGCCAAACAAAUUGUAACAAACGCCAAACGAUUAAGUGACGGUUUGCAAUCCAAAGGAUACAAAAUAGUAACCGGUGGUACGGAUUUACAUUUGUUGUUGGUUGAUCUUAGAUCCGUGGGAUUGACAGGAGCUAAAGCUGAAUUAAUUUUGGAAGAAAUCAACAUUGCUUGUAAUAAAAAUACGGUUCCUGGUGAUAAAAGUGCUUUGAAUCCAUCAGGGAUUAGAUUAGGUACUCCGGCUUUGACGACUCGAAACUUGAAAGAAAAAGAUAUCGAUGUGGUAGUCGAUUUUCUAGAUCGUGGAUUAAAAUUAGCGAAAGAAAUUAGCAACAUAUCGGGACCUAAACUCGUCGAUUUUAAAAAAGUCUUACACGACAAUCCAGAUAUUCAAAAUAAAAUAGCGAAACUUAAAGAUGAAGUUACUAAAUACAGUGAACAAUUUCCUCUACCGGGUUAUUCAGAAUAUUGAUCAAAUUUAUUUAUUUUUAAUUAUUUUAAAUGAAAAUUGAUUCUCUAUAUAUUUUUAUAUUAUUAAAAUACUGUUUGCUAUAAA